UUUUUUCCUUAUGGGAGCAAUAACAGUAAUUUUUUUGGAGUUUUUCUGUUGUUCCCUUGAGUUGUUCACCACUGAAAAAAUACUCCUGUGCUUGGGUGCAGUAGAGCAGCACUUCUCUCCCAGGGGCACACCUCGACAGAGGGAGGCCAUUGAGAAUUUUCUGUAGUGUCCAGUCCCUGCAAGACAGACAAGCACCCAACCUCCCUGUCUUGUGCAAAUUCAACAUGUAAUAUAAUGGAGCCACUUUUUUUCCCACUGGGAUUUGUACCUUGGUGUCAUUUCUUAGACCAGCCUGCUGCAGAAAUGCAGGAUGCCCAGGGAAUGGGGAAAUGCCCGCGCUUGCCAGAUCGUGUGGUUACUGUAGGCUCAGCUGCACUCAUUGCUGGUGGAGAGCUCUUACAGGGGUGAGAGGGAAGAACCCUUUCUGGGUUUGCUGUAGUAAAGAACACAUUUCAGUGUGCUGCAUCUAGAGCUUGUGGCUGUCACCUGCAGCUCAGCCCAGUUUGGUUUGAACUAGUCAGGAAAAGGUUCUCAGUUACUCGGUUUUGCAUCAGAAUUAAUUCCAUAACGUUGGGAUUGGUUUGUUUUUUCAAGACAAGAGAUUGUAAGAGCGCUGCAGCUAAGUGUCUUUACUUGCCUUGUUUGAUAAUCUUGCUGCAGUGCUCAGGUUGUGGCAAGGGCCUCUGUGUAGCCUAGGAACAGCUCAUUUCCCUGUGGGACACCAGGCUUUCAGUUUGACUGAUGUUCCCAUUGUAGCUCUGCUCCCAGCACUCCUCUGCAAUCUGUGCUCGGAAGGAUCAGUGCUGCUCCUUUGGCCAUUAUUUCCUGCAGUUAAGGCUCCUUAGCCGCUGUUUUCUGCCUGGAGAGAGCCGUGGAGUACGACUUGUGGAAGGAGCACAGAUAACAAGCACCCAUCUGUUCUUCUUUUCCAGCCCUUCGGGAUGUCCGCGUGUCCCCGGUUAGAAUUCUUCUCUGGAUAAGAUAGUGGAGGUGUCACUGUGGGGCACUCAGGGCAGAAAACAAUAGCAGCUCAAGUCCAAAAAACAAGAUUGAUCAGUAAGUACCACCCUGCUGUCAGUAAGGGGCAGAGCUGCUCUGGGGAGGUCAAGGCUGGAGCUGUACCCCACGUCCCUUCGGCUUCUUCCUCUGAUAAACUUCCAGGAGAGCAAUCACACUUGCUCUUGAGUCAGAAGCUCCACUGAGAGGAAGGCUGCAAGAGCCAGUCUGUACAAGGACUUUCAAGCCUCUGUACAUUGAGUGGUGGCUCUUCCUUGGCUCAGUGGGAUGUUCCAGUACUUGCUUUUCUGUAUUUACUUUGUCGUUCAGCUCCAGCCGGUGUCUUCGAUGGCCCUGGACCCCUGCUCCGCCUACAUCAGCCUGAACGAGCCCUGGCGGAACACGGACCACCGGAUCAACGGCUCCCACGGGCAGCCCACGUGCGACAGCGGCAUCGACGGCGAGUGGUACCGCUUCACGGGCAUGGCCGGCGACGCCAUGCCCACCUUCUGCAUCCCCGAGAACCACUGCGGCACCCACGCUCCCAUCUGGAUGAACGGCAGCCACCCGCGCCAGGCCGACGGCGUCGUCCGGCGCCAGGCCUGCGCCAGCUUCAGCGGCAACUGCUGCCUCUGGAACACCAGCAUCGAGGUCAAGGCCUGCCCGGGAGGCUACUACGUGUACCACCUCACCAAGCCCAGCGUCUGCUUCCACGCCUACUGCGGGCAUUUUUAUGACAUCUGUGAUGUGGUGGACUGCCAGGGCUCCUGCCUGGACACCGGUGACUGCACGUGUUCCCCGGGUACGACGCUGGGACCUGAUGGCCAGACGUGCCUUGAUGAAAAUGAAUGUGAGCUGAACAACGGAGGCUGCAGCGAGUUCUGUGUUAACCUGAAGAAUUCCUUCCGCUGCGAGUGCGGCGUCGGGCGCACGCUGGGAAGUGAUGGGAAAACCUGUGAAGAAAUUGAAGGCUGUCACAAUAACAACGGAGGCUGCAGCCACACCUGCAUUGAAGUGGAAGACACCUACCAGUGUGAAUGUCCCAGGGGACUUGUUCUGUCAGAAGACAACCACACUUGCCAAGUUCCAGUGCUGUGCAAGUCCAGCUCUAUUGAGGUGAACAUCCCAAAGGACCUGGUUGGAGGCCUGGACCUUUCCCUCAUCAACACUUCGUGCAAAGGCGUGUCCAAUGGCACUCAUGUCAACAUCCAUUUCUCCCUGAAGUCCUGUGGUACUGUUGUAGAUGUAAUAAAUGAUAAAAUCAUUGCCACCAACCUGGUGACUGGCUUACCCAAGCAGACCCCGGGGAGCAAUGGGGACAUCAUUGUCCGCACCAGCAAGCUGCUGAUCCCGGUGACCUGCGAGUUCCCGCGCCGCUACACCAUCUCCGAGGGCUACGUGCCCAACCUCAAGAACUCUCCCCUGGAAAUCAUGAGCCGCAACCAGGGCAUCUUCCCCUUCACUCUGGAGAUCUUCAAGGACAAAGACUUUGAUGAGCCCUACAGGGGUGCUCUUCCCACCCUCAAGCUUCGGGACUCGCUGUACUUUGGGAUUGAGCCCUUGGUGCACGUCAGUGGACUGGAGACGCUGGUGGAGAGCUGCUUCGCCACUCCCACCUCAAAAAUUGAUGAGAUCCUGAAGUACUACCUGAUUCAGGAUGGCUGCGUUUCUGAUGAUUCUGUGAAGCAGUACACGUCAAAGGACCAUCUUGCCAAGCAUUUCCAGGUUCCUGUGUUCAAGUUUGUGGGCAAAGACAACAAGGAGGUGUUCCUGCACUGCCGCAUCCUCGUGUGCGGGGCGCUGGACGAGACCUCACGCUGCGCCCAGGGCUGCCGGAGACGCGCGCGCAGGGCGGCCGAGCAACGGGAGGAGGAGCAGGAGGAGGAAUCCCUUCACAUGGCUAACCACGUCCUGACAGGAGGCCCCAUCAGAAUCGACUUUGAGGACUGACACCCACCCUCUGGAACAGCAUUCCUGGCCUUCCUUAUCACUGCCUUCUGUUGUUGUUCUUCUCUGUUGAGAAACGGGAGGUAUUUGUUAGAGCCCUGCUCGAACCUCAGGACUCAUUUCCUUAACUCUGUGGUGAUUAUUUGUGAAGUAUUUUGUGCCCACGAGGCAGCCCUUGGACUGCAGAACAGUUUGGUUUUAUCUGCAUUUCUCCCCGACAGCCCUUCAGCUGAAGGGACCCUGUUUCUUUGCAGGCCAGAAGUGUUACCCAACUUUGUCUUUCCCCACAUCCACCUACAGGCCCCAGGACUGUUUGUCCUUGACUAAACAAAUGUUAUCCAAGCCCUUCUUGCAUCAGACAGUACAAACAGUAUCGUAGCUGAGCGUGUUUGCUGUGCAGCUCUGUGAGUGAUGCCGAAGCUUUCGGGUGACUGUCAAUAAAAAUGUGUAUAAAAUAUA